AUGUUUCUAAUAAGUCGUCGCGACGGAUUCUACGGAAUCCGUUGUUGUGCCAACUUCAUCAUGCACUAUUUCUCAUCACGAAUUGAUUUUGGCCGAUUUCUAUUAAAAUGCUCAGAUCUCCAAGAUCGUGUUGGUCUGACUUGCUGGGGCUCAAUUCAUACGAGUGGAGUUGGAAACUGGUCGCGGACCCCUUCCACCGUUGAUCUUACCAAACCGCCUGACUUCUCUCGACAUUGGCGCGGUCUGGACUUCUUUAACUCCACCACUCGAGAACUCAGUCUUCCCGAAGUGUUGGCAGGCAGUGAGGGGAACACGAUCCUCAACGUGUCCGCAUCUAUUUUGGAGCAUGUUGACAUUCUUUAUGCAGGUGAGCACAGUGACUCUGGCUCUGGUCACUCUGGUAAUUGCCCUCCCCGUGGAGUUUUAUCGCGACUGUUGAAUGCAUCUUUUGUGUGA